GGUUACUUGUCUCGCCAGACCUACCGUGCUUGGAAACAACUCGGGAAGCUACCGCGGAGCUCGGAUACCAGACGGCGGCUUAUAAAUACAAAAGACCCUGAGCCUAGGACUAUCCUCUGGAGAGAAGACUCUUCAGGGGUAGAAAUCAAGAGCCCAGAAUAUGCUUUUCUCCUUCUAAACAUCACUCUGAACAGGCCUUGUUCAUGCUGCCACCAUAAUAUCUGAGUGCCUCCCAGACUAAUAGACUGCCAUAGCGAGGUCCCUACUUGACCUCAUGGAGUCUUCUGCUCUCCUCCCUGCUCAGGUGUCGGGGAGCACCAGCUGGGAGUCUCCCAGGGCUCUAUUUAUUUCGCCGGCCUCCGUCAUGUCGUGCUUCACGCAGCUGUGGCACUCCAACACGCCAGACUCUCCCACCAGCCCAGUCCCUGCAUCUCCAAGUGAAAUCCCCAUCCCCAUCAGCCCCAUUGUUGUCACCUCCCCGGGGGAUGGCAAGAGGAAGGCGAGGUCCCCAACCGACAAGCCGGGCUCUCCGAACCCAACGUCUCCGAAGCCGACCUCCCCCGUCGAGUGUUCCAUUUGCUUCAACACCUACGACAACACCUUCAAGACGCCCAAGCUGCUCCAGUGCUCCCAUGUUUUCUGCCUGGAGUGCGUGGCCCGCCUGAGCACGGGGCUACCCCCAAAUCAACCGGAGGACCAGCUCCCCUGUCCCUUCUGCAGGCAGCUGACCAGCAUCCCUCUGGAAGGUGCCCCAGCACUGGAGACCAGCAAAGAGCUCCUCGCCACGCUGCCUCCCGAGCUCCAGCAGGAGAAGGUGCUCUGGAUGGAAGGGACCAAGCUCUGCUGCCGUCAGUCGUCCGAUGACCCUGAGAACCCAGACUCGUGUAUCUCCAUCGACGUCGCCAUGAGCAAGCCCGAAACUCCGGAGGCUCCCCCGGCGGGGAUAGCUGGGAGGCUGUCCCGCUGCGACAUGUGCGACGACUGGAAGCGCAUAGUCCUCCUCUCCGCGUUGAUCAUCAUCCUGUUCUGCAUCAUUCUGUGGCCGGUCCAGUGCGCCCUGAAGACGGGGAACCUCCGCUGCUUCACGAGGACCGUUGCGAUGAGCAGGCCGGAGUAUCUUCCCCCGAAACACACCACAGCGGCAACACCCGUGACCCAGCUCCCUCUCCCGUAGCAGCGAGGCGGCCCCUCGCUCCCGUCUAUCCCUCCCCACGGCACGGCGGGGAGGCAGAACAGGGCUUACUGCCCUGACGGCAUUCCUUGGUUCGCCGGCAGACCCCCGCGACCCCGCUCCCCUUCCGCGCCUGCCCGUGGAACGCACGCAUCCGCUUCCAGCAGCUCUCCUGAAAUACUUGCCUGCCAAGCUGCCUCCAGCCCAGGAAUGCUCCAAGGAGCUGCCUCUCAGCAUCCUGCUGCCAACCUUUCCGUGGAAACCAGAGCUUUGGAAGCAACAGACAGGUUUCUAGGACUGUUCGCCUUGAGUGGCGCACGGCUGUGCGCCGCCUUGGCCGGAUACCUGACGACAGCGGGUGCAGUUCCUCUAACUCCCUUAGGGAAUAAAGGGCUAUUUUUGCAAUCUGAAGGAUCUACAUGAUUAUUCCUAAGAGGAGCCGGGAUUGGGAGGGUAAAGAUACGUUAAAGUCGUGUAAGCAGAUGAAAAUUGUCCUUAUUCCACGUGCUUGGAACAUUUCCUUGGUGUUACUCAAUGUUGGAGGUGUAAAUGCUGCCUCCUGCUGACAAAACAGGGGUCUAUCACUGCUACCCGCCCCCUGAGCUGUGUUACCCUCCUGAUGAGCUUUUGAACAGAACAGAGUAGCCGUUCUCCUCGUUUUUUUCCUGAGAAGAUGCUUGAAAAUUCUGUUAGGCACACCGACACAGCAGUAUAACCCUGCCCCUCAAGUGACUCCACCAGCGAACUUCAUUCGUGCUUCUCACGGGCAAACUGUUGCCAAAACAAUAGAAGUUCCACCUUUUGACAGCUUUACCCUCCUAAUCUUAAAAUGUGUCAGUAUUAAGACACAGGCCAGUUGCUUACACUGUAUUUUUAUUUAAUGCAGUGAUCUUCUGACAGUGAUUAACAAAAGUCUUCGUGAUUAAGGCGGCUUACGAUUAAAUGUUUUCUAUUCAAACGCAUGGAUGUAAGACAGUAUUGU